AUGAGUUAUCUUGUUUGCUGUUCUGAACCACUUGUAGACCUCUGUGUUCCUUCACACGUUGAAACGUUCUUACAGUUGGAAAAACAUGUCAAUCUUCGGCACAUAGUUACCCAACUCGACGUCGCCUCCAGAACAGACGUCAGCUUGAAUUUAUUCCAAUUUGAAACAGUGAAAACAGUCUGUUUAGAAGCUUACAGGAACCUACAGGCAGCCUUAAAUAACAACCAAAUCGACGAAUAUCAAGUGAAAAGUAUUUUUCAAGAUAAAAAAUUCAUUCUUGCCGGAAGAGAAUUUGUUGAUAUAAAACAUGUUGCUUUUGAGUUACCUGUCGACUGCUCUCCGUACCUCUAUAAGCUGCGUGACGACCUCGCAAAACCAUUUGGUACCUUGAUGAAGAGCGCCGGGGUGAAAGAAUUCUUCGAGUCCAGCGACUUCGUCACUUCUUUGGAAGAAAUGAAAAACACGUUUGACGACACAGCACUGGAUAAGAAAAAUCUUCAAGUUGCCGUUCAUCUGGCUUGUCUACUGGGUGAGUGCCUUAAAGAUUGUGAUGCAGCUGAUGAAAAGCAACAAAAAAUUUAUAUUCCUGACUCUCAAGGUAUAAUGCAACCUGCGAGUAAACUUUGCAUUCACGACUGUUUCUGGAUUUCUGAUGAAAAUGAUGUUUACUAUGCGAACAGCAUGAUUCCCCAUCCAAUAUGCCGUACAUUGGGAGUAAAAACACGCCGAGCAGAAGCACUCAGCCGCUUUACAUUUGGAAUUCCGUUUGGACAAAAGGAAAAGCUGACAAAUCGAUUACAGCGCCUACUUCAAGCCUACCCAUGUGAAAAAGAAAUUUUGAAAGAACUUCUUCAAAAUGCUGAUGAUGCAGAAGCAACAGAGAUCUGUUUUAUUAAAGACCCAAGACGACAUCCAGAUGAACGUGUUUUUGAGGACUCAUGGAAACCACUUCAGGGUCCUGCAUUAUGCGUGUACAAUAACAAGCCAUUCACUGAAGUGGAUAUCAAAGGAAUACAGAAUCUUGGGGAAGGAAGCAAAGGCGAUGACCCCAACAAAACUGGCCAGUACGGCGUGGGUUUCAACGCUGUUUACCACUUGACUGACGUCCCUACAUUUUCCUCAAGUGGUGACGAGAUUGGAGAUGUUUUGUGUGCUUUUGAUCCAAAUUGCGCUUACGUACCAGGAGCGAAUCAGUGGGAACCAGGAAGAAUGUUCAAGGAGACAACAAAGCUGAGAAGAAAUUUUCCAGAUGUUUUUUCCUGCUAUAAUGAUGACCAUUUCCCCUUACGAAACUCUACUAUGUUUCGGUUUCCACUAAGAACUGAAGAGAUGGCAAGCCAUUCUAAAAUAUCCGACCGUCCUGUAACACUUGAAAAAUUGACAGAAAUGAUGGAAUCAUUAAAAGGAGAGCUUUUUGAGGUUCUCUUGUUUGUUAACAAUGUUAGAAAGAUCACCUUGUGUGACAUCGACGAGAAUGGAGAAGUGGUGAAUUCGUACUUUGUCAAAGCUGAAAUAUCAGAGAAGGAUUCACUGGUAAGACAGUCUUUUUCUACUUACGUGAAAGAUAUUGGAGGGUCAGUGAAACAAAAUGGCAACGAGUCACCUACAGAAGCCGCAGUUAAAACGUGCUCCUAUGUUCUUAACCUAGAGGAUAGUAGUGGCAACAAGGAAAGGUGGCUAAUUGUCCAGCGAAUCGGCUUCGAACGCAAAGUGAAUGACAGCAUCAUCGAUGCUUACCAAAAGCAUGAUCUUGGCAUGCUUCCUCGAGGUGGUGUAGCUUGCUUGUUGCAACGCAAAUCCGUUGAAAAUGAGCCAGUGCAAAGAACGAAGAAGGUGUACUGCUUUCUUCCGCUUCCUAUCGAAACGAAUCUUCCCGUGCAUAUUAAUGGUCACUUUGCAUUAGACCACGAGGCAAGAACAAACUUCUGGAGAAAUGAAAGUGGUGGCUACAAACGUGACUGGAACAAUGUCUUGAUGAGUGAUAUCAUAACUUCAUGUUAUCUCACACUUCUCGACAAAGUGAGGAGCUUUUAUCACCUGCCAGUUACGCAUACCUCCGAAGAAGUUACUCUCAGCUGUAGUAAAGACUGGUUAGCAGCUAAUGUAGACAUCUUUGAGAGGCUGUUUCCCUCUAUGGCUCAAGGCAAUCCGUAUCUGAUCACUUUGGUUAAAUCUGUCUACCAGGAAAUGGACCGCAAGUGUUUACGAUUUCUUCCAGUAUUGCGUGACAACACUUCAGAGGACUCUACUCCCAUUUGCCAGCUCGCCUGGCUUCCUCUAACUGGGAAUGGGAAGGACAAAGCGUUCUUUAACUGUCUGGGGGAAAACGAUUGUUUCAGUGCUGUUCAAACACGAAGAUUCAGUGACAGUGAGAACGAAAUAGAGCGUUUAAACGCGAAAAGGGCUUCGUUUGAAGAAAUUCUGCUUCAAACUGGGUUUAAUCUGGUGGCAUUUUCUUUGUCAGUAUUCAAAGAGGCACAAGAAUCAGGUGUACACCCUUGCUGUGUUUCCCCUUCUGAUGUAAUAGAGUUUUACAAGUCUUUUAGUGGUGAGAUACCUCUCUGCAAAGUUGGAUCACUAUAUGUUGAUGUCAAGGAUACCCCAUUCAAGAAUGUUGAAACUGUGACAACAAUACUUACCUAUUGUAAAGACAGCGACAAGUUUCUGGAAAAGCUAUCUGGCCUUCCAUUACUUGUCACACAGGAUAAUCAUCUGCACGCCUUUAGCACUAUUCAUCCCAAGUUUCUUUCCCGUCAUCACGGGAUCCUUCCACAGUGUAAAGAAAUGUUUGUCCAUGACCAUGUUAGGAUAAAUAUCUUUGGUAAAGCGGAGAGUCUAAAAGCAUCAGUUUUUACGCGUUUUGAUGUUAACAGCUUCGCAGCCAACUUACAUCGAACGCUACCGCAAGGGUAUAUUAACAGUGGAAAAUACGUGGAAUGGAACCCAAAUCAAGCCAUAGAGCCUAAUUUUGAAUGGGUUAACAGAGUGUGGAAAUUCCUAGCCGAAGCGAUAGACGAUGCCCUCAGUGAGUGGAAAAGAAAGCAAAAAGAGAUUUCCAGAAACAACCAAGCAGUUAACGAGAGCGUGGUGUUACAGCCACUCAGUAAAGAGGAAGAAACCCGCAUCAUUCGAACAGUACUUGAACCUUUGGCCCAAUGGUGCAUUCUCCCAUGCACAGAAACGGCAAACAGUCCUAGGGAAAUAAGUCCUUCUGGAGUGCAAGUGAAACAAUACCUGCUACCCUUGAGUCUGUCAGAAUCUGUAAUUCAUUUACCGUCCCAUGAUGCCACAAAUAGGGAAGUUGUGGACGUAUUACGGUUGGUUAAUUUGCCUGAACUUAAUGGGCGUGUUUUGCUAUCAACAAGUGCUUCACAUACGCAGCCAAAUUCCUUCCGAUAUGCUUGUAGGUUGGUGGCCUCGAUUGAGUCACCAAAACUAAUCCUGAAAGCACUGGACGCGAAGAUGACCAGGGACACGCACUCUCUUCAUGGAAAGUUGAAAGCAACUGAAUGUCGCACCAUUUUGGGGUAUUUUAGCAAAAAUGUGAAAGACCUGUCAGAAGGAGAUAAGAGACCCUUAAAAAGACUUCCCUUUUACGAGGCCAUACAUGGUGGACUCUUGAGCAUAGAUGACAACAGCGUCUGUGUAGUUCCUGUAGACGUUCCAGGUAAAGGAAUGGAAGUUUUAGAAAGCGUGAGUGAUGUCGUGUUUCUGAAGUGGUGGUACGGCCUUUCUGACUUGCAGAAAUUUCUGGAAUUUGAAUCCACCUCAUCGGUUGAUAUGUAUUGCAAGUUCAUUUUGAAGUUCUUUCAUUUCUUCUCCAGUGAAGCAAGGCUAGUUCAUCUUGAGCACAUCCGUGACAGAAUUUUGAACCAAGUAUUUGCUAAGGAGUAUGACAAGCAGCGAUUGUUGUAUUGUCUAGAAAGUACAAAUAUCAUUCCUUCUAGCGACGGUACCUUAGUGAAGGCAAACUGUUAUUAUAAUCCAGAGAACGGGGUGUUCAAAGCUUUGCUUUCAGAUGACCUGUUUCCGCCAGAACCCUUUAACAGUGAGGAAUGGUUGCCGUUUUUAAAACGUAUCGGAUUGAUUCACGAAAUUUCUCAAGAUCUUUUCAAGAUGUUUGCUCUGAAAAUCGCAAACGAAGCCGUUACACAGCCCACGGAGAACACUGAGUUGAAGUCAAAAGUCCUUGUAGCACACCUGUUCAAGAGGAGCAAUGUUGUAGAAGAAGGCCUUCUUGAAGCUAUCUGCGAUAUUAAGUUUGUCCCUUCAGACCCUGUUAAGCCAAACCUUCGAGCAAUAUAUCGACCAUACGGUGAACGAAAUGACGGUAAGCCAACUUACAUUUCUUUCCGCGGUUCUUUAGUAGCAAAGCAUGCCAAAAUAGUUUGGACAACGGCUCCUCUUCUUCCUCAAUGGGCAAAUCCGAGGGAAUAUCAGUAUCUGAUGAAUGCACUUAAUUGGAGCAAUAUGGAUCACUACUGCUACGCAGCAAUGGAAAAGCUAGGAAUUCUGGCAGAGCCAACUGUAACGCUUGUUACAUCGCACUGCCAAAUUGUGUCGACCCACUUAGAAAAAGAAAAUGAUAGAGACCUGACUGCGGAUCAGAUGACCACAAGAAUGUCAGUCAUGAUGAAAAUCUACAGAUUCUUGAAAGCUAAGGCUACCUCGUCUGCUUUUGCAAAAGACCAACUGAGACACACACCAUGUAUUUUAGUUGAAGAAGGCAGGCGUCUCGUAAGAGUUCACCAAAUAGUUAUUGAACUAAACAAGGAAUAUGAGAUUCAGCCAUACCUCUACAGGGUACCAGCAGAGCUUGUUCAGUUUGAGGGCUUGUUUCAGUAUUUGGGCUGUGCUUCUGUAGUGAAUAUAUCUCAUUUCGCUAUGGUCUUAGAUAUGCUGAAACAGAAAUGUAAGGAGAAACAACUAGAUCCCAAUGAGAAAAUGUGCGCUUUAACAGCUGAAAGAGGUAUUUUUGAAGCACUUAAAGAUCAUUCGAACGAUGGCCAAAAUUUGCCCUCACUUUACCUGCCAGCCACACGUCCAUUUAUUGACAAAGAUGAUGGCCUUUCACCGCCUGUCGUGUUGCAAAAAUCAGCGGAACUUCUCUUUGAUGAUGCCCCGUUUUACCAUGAACGCAUUAAAGGGUUUGAUCAGCUCUUCCUGGUGGACCUUUCAAAGGCCAAGGUGCAUUGUAAAAAGGGUUCCAAUUACAAGGAUCUAAUCAUGCUCCUUCCUCAGGCCCUACGUCCUCAAAUUUUGUCCACCGUCGUCAUAGAGAAAUUCACUGAUUCUUUUGACAAGGGCGAUAGAUUUGAUCUUGGAGCAGCCGUUUCGCUAAAAAGGUCACUUCACUCACCGCAAUUCUGUCGUGGCAUUAUCAGACUUAUUCGUCACGCAAGCCGCGAAUACGAGGAAAAGGUAGAUGAGAGUGUCGUUGCCACUGUCAAAAACCGAUUGCAAAGUAUCGAGAUUCAUGGAAUGAGUAAAAUUGUUACUCAGCUACUCUACAAAGGAAUCAAAAUUCCAGGAAGCGAGAUGGAAAAGCCAUACUUUGUGGAGAAGGUUAGCAAGUCCAGUGAAGAGAUUUGGAAUGUAUAUGUCAAUGCUGUGGACGAAGGACAGAAAACGUCAUCGGCAAUAGCUCUGAAUUUAGCCAAGGUGAUAUCAGAAGCAUGUAAGGGACUCUUGAGGGACGCCGCUAUGUUCAUUCCUCCGAUGUUGCAAAGUCAACCAGAGCAUAUUUCCUCUUUUCUGGACAUGAUGAAGAUACACCAAGAUGAUUCUUAUGAUGGGGAGGAAGGAGAGAUCUUACCACCACCAGGUAGUUUUAUUCCAAUUGCCGAACAACACCUUCUCAAUGCAGCCUUUUCAUAUUUCAAACCUGGUGAAUACGUUGGAUACGAAGUAGACGAUCCAAGUCUAAAACUUGAAGAUGGAGAUGCAACUUACAUUUAUGCUGUAAUAAUCAAUGAAGUUUCAAAUCCCGACACUAGUCUCAUUACAAAGUCUUACAAGAUCAAUGUUGGAAAUGACAAACCACCAAAAGUUGUCCCAGCAACUGAAUUGUACAAAUUUUACCGUUUUCAAGAGAUAGCACCGGCUGCACUCGUUUCAUCAGGUCAUCAAUGGACAAAUAUGGAUAGCAAACAUGAAAUAUUUCAAGAGAUCACCAAAACACUAGAAGAGGCUUGGGGGCUUUCAGAAGACAGAAGAAGACAAGUUGUCAAGCGACUAUUUCUAUUAUGGCACCCGGACAAAAACCCAAGAAAUGAGGAAUUCUGUACAGAGGUUUUCCAGCACACAAAGAACGAAAUUGAACGUUUGGAGAGGGAAGGUUGGGGUAGACGUGAACGCGAAAGGAGCGAGAGUUACCAUUACGGUGGUGGUUCAUAUGGUGCCUACUUUGGUUUUUGGGGGACGCGUGCAAGAGAGCACCGUUCUCGCCGCCGAGAGUACCAAGAAACAUACUAUCGACAUUAUGGAACAUGGGGACACAGAACGCGAACCUGGGAGGUUCCUCCUAGCUUCUGUGAAACGAAUCCCCAACCAGGACAGGCGAGGCGCUGGUUUAGACAGGCAGAAACUGACCUUAACGCCGUUGCGAACGACGUUCAUACUGGUACUGCUUCUUACGAAUGGGCAUGCUUUAAGUGCCAUCAGGUAUGA